CGCGAUUGGUGUAUUUCAGGCUGCGGGAGAAGUUAAAAUAGCUCGUGAAAAUGCCUCCUCGCAAGAGAAGAAAGAGCCACUUUGAUGAAAGUGAACCACCUUCCCUGUCUAAUGAAGAGGAGAGACCUGAAAAUUCCAGCAUGGGGUGCAGAGGCCAGAACUGCUCUGAGAAGAGGCGAGCCAUCCGGGAUCACUUUAUUGUCAUCUCUGAUAGCGAGGGAGAGGAAGAAAAGGAGGUGAUUAGAUUUGGGAAAAACAUAGCCCAGCCAGAUGGAAGAAGGACAUCUGUAAAGAGGAAAAUAGCACAGAUGACUGAGGAAGAACAGCUGGCCCUUGCAGUGAGGAUGAGUGAGCAGGAAGCCAACCAUGUAAAUUAUAGUCAAGAAGAAGAGGAUGAACUCUUGAGAAAGGCUAUUGAAGAAAGUCUACAUAGCUGCACAGUUUCUGAGCCUUGCAACACAACCACACAGCAAAACACCAACACCUUACAUUCCACUAAUAGAACGCUUGCCGCAGAAGACUGUUCUGAAAAGCAUCCCAUAUCCCAGAACUGUUCCCUAUCUGAACCACCCAACAACAUAACUGUACAGCAGGUAUAUAAAGAGACACUUUCCACUAAUGAACCUGUUAAAUUGCAAGAACAUGCUGAAGAGAAGUCCUUUUCCCAGGUAUCUGCCCUUUUUGAGUUACCCAGCGGUGCUGCAGAGCAACAGAUGAACAAGGAAGCACAUUCCACAGAAAGGCCAGUUGUCACAGGAGAUGUUGUUGAAGAGGGACAUCUUUCCCAAACCUUUACAGUUUCUGAAACUCCCUUGAGCUCAACGCAAGAAAUGAACACGGAGGAUUUUACCACUUCAGCAACUUUUGUCACAGAAGAGGUUGGUGAGGCUCUCACCCAGUAUUCUACAGUUUCUAGUCAAAGUAGACACAAAAGUCCAGUAGUGCUGCUGAUGCGUCUAAGUCAGGAUAUUGUGGAAAGCUCUAGUGUAAUAUUGUCACCAAAGUGUAGAGAUCCCUUUUCAGAUAUGGAAAGUGGGAUGGCAUCAUCUUGUCCUAGUAACAGCAGUAACUUUGUUUCCAUGUUGCCUCAUAAAGCACUUACAUUAAGCCCUGUCUUUCCUAAACAGCUACCUCGCAGGCUAGGCUUGUCGCCUCGCAAACUCUUUCAAGGUGCUAGCCUGACUUCUGAUUCAAAGGAGCAGGAAGUAGAUGAUCAGUGUUCACACUGUUCAGAGAGUUCUGAACUAGAUUAUUCUGUGUUGCCCAACUCACUCCAGGCUGAACCAUUUAAGAGCAACACUGCAACAGAAGUGUUGAAAGAAAAUAAUACAUUAUUGAAUGGGGUCACUACAGAAGAGCAGACAGGAGCAAGUAAUAGCUGUCUGGAUUCUCAGAGACAAAGUGGCAGUACUGUACACUAUUAUUGGGGAGUGCCAUUUUGCCCAAAAGGGGAGGACCCAAAUCUGUACACUCGGGUAAUACUUUGUCAACUAGAAGUGUAUGAGAAGAGCUUGAAGAAAGCUCAGAGACAACUUUUGCGAAAGAUGAAUUUUGGAGAACCAGUGCAGCUGUCUGCUCCACCUUUACGUCGUACCGAGAGGGGAAAAGCGGACAGCCAGGACAGUUUAAGCCAAGAAUCAGAGGAUUUAAAGGAUGAAGAUUCUCCCAGGCCAGUAGAUGAUGAGGAAGUCGACUCUGAGAAGCCGAUGAACCAGUGUGUUUCAAGCAGUAGUAGGCAGCCAGCAGAAAGCUUAGAGGAAGAAAGCCCAAUUCCUGCACAGGAUGAGCAAGAUAAUAACUCACAGCUUAUACUUUUUCUCAAUAUGAAUAAUUCUCAUUCAACAAGCUUACCGCUGUAGUUGCCACAAAAUAUGUUGGUGCUUUAUAAAUAGAUGAUGAUGGCUUACAAAAGACACAUACUGCAAGAAAGAGCAUCAAACGGAAUGCUAGCUCUGUGAAGUCCAGCCGUGCCAUGCUGUUUUCUAAGCAAAAAGGGGCCUUGCUAAUGUUCUAAGAACUUCCAGCAAAGAAAAUCUGUGCCCUAGAAGCCUGCAGUACAUUUACAGAUUUUUUUAACAUACUGUAAGGGUCCUCCAGAACAGUGGAAGGGAGAGAAUAUGGAUCCUUAACAUCAGGACUUGAAAAGUGUUACAAUACAUCCUUUACUCUUUUCUGAGAUUUCUGGGGUAUGUCCUGUGGGAUGGUACAAAAUGAACACCAUGUUUCUUGAGAAAGUCGAAGAAUCUGUCUCACCUCAUGCUGCUUUUUUUGAGUAUGUUCUCCAAAACCAGGCACUCUAGUUAGAAGUGCACUGAUCAUGUUGGGCGCUAACCAAAAGUCUGCAAAAUGCUUCUUCCAAAAUCUAAAAUAUCAUUAAUCAUACAGAUUUAUCAUUUAUGCUCCCAAACCCUACUGUGCCUAAUUUUGAAGUAUAUGAAUCAUCUCUGUAGAUAUACAUUAUAACUGAAAACUGCAGGGAUCACUUGACCUAGUCAGGCCAUGUUAGACUCAUCUAAUAAGAUUCAUCUGUGACCUAUGUUAGCUAAAUAAGGGGUUAUUGAAAAGUGUCAAAAAGGUGAACCACCCCUUUAAUAAAAAAAUAUCAUAUACAGGUAUGGGAUCUGUUAUCCGGAAACCCGAUAUCCAGAAAGCUCCUAAUUAUGGAAAGCCUGUCUCCUAUAGACUCCAUUUUAAUCAAAUAAUUCAGAUUUUUAAAAUUGAUUUCCUUUUCUUUGCUUUGUAUUUGUUCCCAACUAAGAUAUAAUUAAUCUUUACUGGAUGUAAAAUGAUCCUAUUGGGUUUAAUUAAUGUUUUAUUGAUUUCUUAGUAGACUUAAGGUACGAAGAUCCAAAUUACGGAAAGACCCCUUAUCCGGAGAACCCUUGGUCCCGAGCAUUCUGGAUAACGGGUCCUAUACCUGUACAGGUAAAGUAAUUCACUGGAGUGCCAGUCAGUGUAAUCAAAGUUACAUUUAUUAGCGAUGUGCUAUACAUCUCUAAUGUAACUUUGAUUGCACCGACUGGUACUCCAGUGAAUACCUGUAUAUGAUAUUGGGAAGUGGAAAUGGUGAACCCAGCAUCACUGUAGGAGUGGGAUCUAUUGACUUAUAUUGUCAAUGAAUAUAUAUUGGAAAGUUGCAUAGAAGAUUCUGAUAAUAACCACCUGGUCAGAAAAAUCUAUGCCAGUAUGUUUUACUAAACAGUUA